GCUCAUCAGCAUUCAGUCGGGUUGUGAUCGUCGAGGUGUUUACACGUUCACCAGUGCAGAUUCUUAAGCUUAGCUGAUAGUAUACCGCAAGUUCCUGUGCGCGGGUUUUCGGAGGUCAUCAGCGAAGGCCAGCAACCGCCGCCGUGUGUUACGUGAUCAUCGCGAAAGGAUCACCGCGAGGAGUGACCAGCUAUGAAGCUGAUCUGCCUUUGGGCGGUUGGGCUAAUUGCCCUAGCUUCGCUAACAGAGGCUCAAUGGUUCGGCAGCGGCAAGAAGAAGGAAGAGAACCCGAAUGUGGCCCUGCUGUCGUACGCUCCGGUUGAUCCGGAUUCGGUGCCACCGCCGCAACCGGUGACCACGUCGACUACGACGACCACCCCAGCGCCAACUACGACCAAAAAGAAGGGCUUCUUCGGAGGGCUGUUUGGCGGAAGUGGCAAGGAGAAGGAACCCAAGACUACUACGACGACGACGCCGAAGCCUACUACGACUACGCCGGUACCGACGACCAAGAAACCCAGCAGUGGUCUGUUUGGAGGCCUCUUCGGUGGAAGCAAAAAGGACAAGACCACGACCGAGACGCCAACCACGGCCAAGACUACCGCCAAAGGCGCAGUGACCGUUCCGACGACGACGGCGAAAACUGUCGGUGUCACGUCAACGGUGACUCCUACCACGACCAAGCAAGGUCUACCAAUUGUACCGGCAGCCCCCACUGGAACUACCCCGAAGAUCUCCACCGCCAAGGAUGCCUUCCCAGCCCUUCCAACAGUCUCCACUACGGUCGCCUCCGCCCAGAAACCCCCGGCAAUCCCUCCGAAACCAGUCGCCUCCACCCCCAAAACCCCAGAAGCAUUCCCAGCGCUUCCACCAAAACCGGCCAGCCCCACCCCUUCCCCAGUCCCGACUUCAACGAUCGCCAACGCGUGGAACAAACCCCUGCCAACACAACCCCCAUCCCCAGCCGGUAAACCCGGCGUAAGCUUCGUCCCAACCCAAGCCCCCGCCCCGGGUUCCCCCACCAAGGGCACCACCCCUCGUUACAGCGAAGGACCGACCGCUUCCGAUGACGAGCUGGCAACCCUGUCCGAGCAACUCUUCUCCAAGGAAAACACCAACCUGAACAAGCACGUGCGCGUCAACUACCAGCGCCAGACGCUGUCCUCCUCCUCCGUUGACGAAGCGCCGGAACCGUUCCUCUCGGUCGACGAGAAGCAGGUGUACGCGAUGCCCACGAUCGAGAAGAUGCGCGCUCUGUUCAACAACUACGAGCUGGACACGAUGGUCAACGAGUACGUGACGCCGAUGGAGAAGAAGGAGGAAAACGAUUUUGUCGACGCACUGCUCGCGACCAACGUGAUGCGUUCGGCCAUGCUGUUCCUGCAGAAGAAGGGCGUCGUCACGGCUGACCCGAAGACGCACCACGAACUGCUCAAAACCAUCUGGUUCCAGCUGUACUCGCGUGGUAACGGCAAGAUCGGAAGUUCCGGCUUCGAGCACGUCUUCCUCAACGAGGUCAGCAACGGCACGAUGAUCGGUCUGCACAACUGGGUCUACCUCUACGAUCAGGAAAAGGCCGGCAACCUGGACUACCAGGGCUACAUCAAGAAGCUGGACUUUGGAGGACAAAAGGGCGAAAUCGCCAAGGUGCGGCUCACGUUCAACAAGCUGAUGAAGCCGUCCAACUCGCUGUUCGUGGGAACGUCGCCCGAGCUGGAGUUUGCCCUGUACACGGUGUGCUUCCAGAUGCGGCCGGACACCGAGUGUCCGCUUGCGUACAACGGCAAAAAGUUCACCGUCAAGACGUUCACGUUCCGCUACCGCGGCAAGAACCUGAUCGGCGGAGCCUGGCCGAACUUCUAAACUCGACUCGUCAUGUUUAUUUCAUAAGAAUUGUAACCGUUGAUUGAAGAGACCAUGUUUAUAACAAA